GCCACUGCUUUGGGAAGAAGCUGCUUUGCUUUUUAGCAGAUAAGAUCUUGAAUUUUUCUUGCAAACUUCUCCAAAGUUUGAACUGCUUUGACCAGAAAUCUGAAGAAAGAAGGAGUUGCAACAAGGAGCUAUCAAAGGGCAAAGAAGCAUUAAAGAAAAGAGUCUGCUUUGACCAGAAAUCUGAAGAAAGAAGGAGUUGCAACAAGGAGCUAUCAAAGAGUCAGCUGUUUCUUUUUAAAGUCUUGCUGGAGGUGUUUUUCUGAAAUUUAAUUUCUCUACUGUUAGUUGAAUCACAGAAUGAAAAGAACAACUGAAUGCAACGUCCAGGUGGAUGUGUCAAAAUAUACAUGAUUGUGGGUGUAUGGUUGCAAUAGAAGCUCCACCCAUUUUGUCCAAGCAUACCAAAGGGAUAGGACUGCAGUUGUGACACUGAUCUGCCAUCUGUCCCUAUGGAUACCCAUGUUCCUUUGCUAAACAACUUCAAAAAGUAUGCCAAGUUUUAAUAAGCCAUUUUUUAAAAAAAAUACUGAGAUUUUUUUUCUUUCCAGAAUCACCCCACUGGUUUCAAUAUCUCCAGAUAAACAGAACUAAUGUUAAUAUACAGGGUUGUUGUGGGGAAAAUAGGAGGAGAGAGGUGGAUAUGUUUGCUGCCUUGAAUUAUUUUUGAAAAUAAUAAAAGUGGAAUAUAAACAAACAAAUAUUACUUUAACUCUUUGAAAUCUGAUGCUUGUAAAUCUCUUUUCUAGUUAGGUUUUGCUUUUGAAAACCUUUUCUUCUGUUUAUUUUUUGGUUGCAUAUUUAAAUGCUAUAAAGUAGGCAAUUAAAAUAGAUAGCUCAAGUAGAUACAAAAGACAACUUUGAUUCCUACAAACACUUUUUUUUAAUUCAAGAAGUGACGGAGGGAUGGGACAAGACAAUAUAACACUGUGGACAGAAUUUGUGCUAGCUGGACUUCUCCAUCAAAAAUCACCCACCAUUUUUGUUGGGGUGAUUAAUUCCAUGUUUGUGAUUGCCCUGGUAGCAAAUAGUCUUCUUCUUUUUCUUAUUAAAGUUGAUCCACGGCUUCAUAUCCCAAUGUACUUUUUCCUGAGUCAACUGUCUAUCAUGGACCUCUGCCAAGUUCUUGCAAUUGUUCCCAUGAUGACCGUGAAUUUUGCAAUCAAUAGGUACACCAUUUCACUCUAUGGGUGUGCUCUCCAAAUUUUUGUCACCCUGGCAGUGGGAGGAGCUGAAUGCCUCAUCCUGGCUACCAUGGCCUACGACAGAUAUGUGGCUAUCUGUAGGCCUCUGCAAUAUCCAGUCCUCCUGAGGAGUAAAAUAUGCUGUCUUAUGUCACUGUGUGCCUGGUUUUGGUCUUGUGUGCAAGCGUUGAUUUGUUCUCUCUAUGUCCUGCCUCUUCCUUACUGCAAGACUAAUGUGAUUAUCCACAAUUUAUGCGAGUAUCCAGCCCUCAUACAAUUGUCUUGUUCUGAUAAUUCUGCCUUUGAAAAGGCAGUAUAUCUUGGAUGUUUUCUGCUUUUUCUCAUCCCUAUUUCAGUCAUCCUUGCUUCAUAUCUUGCCAUCCUUUUGCAAGUUCUCCGGAUGAAGUCCACAGAAAGGAGCCACAAAGCCUUGCGCACCUGCUUGUCCCACUUGUGUGUGGUGGGGUUCUUCUAUGGAGCGGCCAUUUUGACCUACAUGACACCCAUAUCCUCCUAUUCAGCAGAAAAAGCCGUUAUUAACUCUGUGUUUACAACUAUUUUCCCUCCCAUGAUUAACCCUUUCAUAUAUAGCCUGAGGAACCAGGAUGUUUCAGCUGCAUUCCGAAAGCUCAUUGCAAAAUAAAUCCUGGGUAAACCAUAUUUUAUUUAUCUAUGGGAUUUAUAUCCCACUGUGAUCUUGUAUUCUUGUGUGUAUAGGCUGUGAGAGGAAAAAUUAAAAGGUCCACUUUAUGAUUAAAUCAUUAACAAGAUUAAUACAAGAUGAAUAUUAUUGUUGUGAUGUCUGUGAUUGUUAAUUUAUUUUUAACAACCACCUAUGCCAUAGGAAUAAACAAAAAAAAGAGAUGGUAGAGGAGUUGAAAAUCACUGUAAUCCUUUUUGGAAUAGCUGAGUUAAUAGUUUUGAUAGUUAAAUAAACUUGCUCAGUGACUGAACAGUGCAAUGUGUUGAAACCCAAGAUGUGUGUCUUCUCUGUCAUAGCAUCUAUAGCAGGAGUCUUCAAACUUGGCCCUCUUAUGACUUGUGGAUUUCAAAUCCCAGAAUUCCUCAGCCAGCUUGCCUGGCUGAGGAAUUCUGGGAGUUGAAAUCCACAAGUCAUAAAAGAGCCACGUUUGAAGACCCCUGAUCUACAGUCUGAAAUAGUACCUCCCUGAAAGAUCAGUGUGAUUCUGAACCUGAUGGAGUUCCAGAAGUGUUAAAAAACCAGACUAUUAUCCCAGGCUUUAGGAUAAGAUGGCAGCUGAACUUCUGUUCAGUGUGUUUGAUAUGGAACUUGCUUGGACGUACAUAUAGGUAGUCCUCAUUUAGUGAUCACAAUUGGGAUUGGCAACUCCAUCACUAAGUGGAGGGAUCCUUUUCUUUUCCCCAGACACCAGCCCUUUGGAAUGCUCAACCCAAAGUUGAGAUCCAAAGUAUUGGGUUCCAACUCUACAAAACACCAGAAUGAUAAGGCCAAUGUGAAUAAUGAACUCAAAAAAUUAACAGACAUUCAACCCUUAAGUAUGAAAUAUACAUUUAUAAUUUAAUUGAAAUGUGAAUCAUAUAUAUUCCUUCCUUCCUUCCUUCCUUCCUUCCUUCCUUCCUUCCUUCCUUCCUUCCUUCCUUCCUUCCUUCCUUCCUUCCUUCCUUCCUUCCCUCCUUCCAACAAGUAUAUAUAAAUGUAAUGAAUGUACUAUGGGGAAAUGGAAUCAGCAUCAGAGCCUACCACCCUAAUGUUUUACACGCAGGUUGCUUAUUGAAAAUAGAACAGUUGCCGGAAUUCCUGCACAGCUACUUCCUUAAUAACUCUGACUAAUCAAUAUCUAGAUAAAUAGUUCUUGUAUUUAACUGUUCCAAUCCAGGCACUUGCCUGAGAAGCUUGAUAUGAUCCUAUUGCCAAUGUCCACAUGAUCAAAGGCCCAAUAAUUAAUUGUUUAGGAAUGGAAAAAUAUUGUCUUAUCUGAUUAUGACUUUGGAGAAAGAAUUUUUAAAGCUGUUAUUAUGUAUGCGCAUUUGAGCAUAGCAGAAUUCUAAAUUGGACUCCAGGGACUCAUUUUUUCAGAUGUAAUAUUCACCUCACUCCCAAAAUACAUGCAGGGAGGUAGAUUGUACUGAGAGAUAAUAAACCAAAUUGACAUUUUAAAAAACGUAAAUUGCAAGGAGUGGUACAGAUUAUUUAAGCAUUGUGUUAUUUAUCCAAUUUUAUGCAAAUUGUGGGUACAAAAUUAGGAAGUCCAAACAAAUAAUCACUUCCCCACCCAGAAUUAUUUUAUAGAGGAUAUGGAUGGCAUAAAAAUUAAUAAAUAAAAAUAAUUAAUUAACUUAUCUUUCAGAAUUACCUUUGUAUCAGUGCAUAUUUAACAAAGACUAGCUCAUAAUUCCUUCUUCUUACAAUAACAGGAAUAAAUACUUGUUUAAGGCAACAUACGUUUUUCAGAAAUAAGAUUAAUAAUAAUAAGAUUCCAUUCUGUCACUGUUCUAAGAUUUACAGUGUAUUUCCAUUACAUUCUACAUGAGCUUAGACACAAUCCAGUCAGAUAAAGAAGGAAUGAAAGAGAGGUUGCUUUUUGACUCUCUGCAUCAAAACUGGUUAUAUUUUUUUAUCAGAUUUUCUUCAUGUUUUCAUCAUUCUGUUUGGAAACAGCCUCCUUUCCUUUUUAAUCAAAAUAGGUCCAGGUUCUUUAAAAGUCUUUUUUCUUCUGUCAAUUGUAUAUCAUGGACUUCAGCCAGGACCUUGCAAUUAAUUGUUCCUAGGAUUUUUUUUUUUCAUGUGUUGUGAAAAGUAGGUCUGAAGGCAUGGGGGCCGCUAAUUCAGUUGAGGAACACCUGUUGUCUGGUAAGAUGGCUAAUGAUGGACACAUUGUGUGACAACUGUACAAAAUGCGAAGUCUUUUUCAAAGGCAAUCCCAGUCAAAAUGAGUUGCAAUGGUCUGAGAUAGGAAUCGGCAACCUUAAACAUUUGGACCCGUUUCCCACAAAAAAA